GGAGAGCAGCUUUAAGAUUUUUGCUUACACCCAAAAAAAAAACCAAAAGUAUACACUUAAUAAGCGUUGUGUUAAAAGUAUACUAAAGUUAGUAUAAAAAUGUAAGUAUUAACUCAACACUAAUUAGUUUCAACUGUAUACUUUGUAGUGUAAGUGCUCUACCAAAGAGUAUAAAGCGUAAACCUGUAGUGUUAUUUUUAAACUAGUCAUUAAAUAGUUUUUAAUGGUGUGAAACUAGGACAAUAGCGAAUAUUCGAACAUAUAUUUUGGUGUAAAACCAGGACAAUAGCGAGUAUACGAACACAGAAAAUGCUACCGGAGUAGGCGUUGUUUGACGCGUUAAUGAUGAUUGUGAUUUUAUGCCGAGUCAACAUAUGCAAGUGCUUUGCGCACGCGUACAGAUGCAUACCGCGAAGGAGCUAACGAACUCGACGUACCGCCUUUGUGCUGUCAGAACAGCGAGUGCCUUCCGGACGAUCUCGGACGACGCAGCGCUCGUCAUUGCAGGCCAAGUUCCCCUAUGUGAACUGGUGCGGGAGCCACAGAACCAAGACCGAGGUGAAGAGGAGUGCCAGGAUGCAGAGCGUCGACAACUGGCAGGCAGCCUGGGACAACUCCAGCAAGGUGGCUACCAUUGCGCUAGGCAAUACCUUGCGGUGAUACCGCGCAAUCACGGCCCCUACUCUUGUUGCUUGUACUUAUUUUAGUCUGCAUAUACGUGUUAGGUAAGGGAAUAUAAAAAAAAACACGAAGGAGCUAAAAACAUGUGUUAUGUGUGUUGCGCAAAAUAUGAAUAUUUGUGAAAUAAUAACAAAAUAAUAUGUGAAAUAGAAAUAAAA